GACGUGCUCAACGAGUACUUCGGGCGUUUUGGGAGAGUGUCCGCCAUGCAGAUCAACCACAACCGGCACGAGGCCGUCAUCACGUUUCACCAGGCCGCGGAGGCGGAGGCCGCGAUGAGGUACCCUGUGCUCAACGACCCUGCGAUCGGGCUGCGGCCUUGGAGGGCCAAGGCGGGGCAGCGCGGGCCGCACGAGCCGCCCGGCGGGGCCCCGCCGCCGCAAUCCCAGCAGGCGCUGUCCUCGCCGCCCGCCGCGGACGGCCCCGCCGGCGGCGACGCGGGCGCGUCCGCGGGGGCACCAG